GUGGGGCGUGACGCUUUGAGGCGUCCGAUCGGACCUUGUGUGUGUGUGGCUUAGGAGCUCUGCCCCUUGGCUCAAGCAGCGCCGGCGCCCCGCCUCUCGACGCGUCGCCGCCUCUCCGCUGCCGCCCGCGCGCAGGCCGCGCCCCACGAUCGCGCGAGCCCGGGCCGCUGUGGCGCCAUGGCCGGAGACGAGCUGCCCUUGCGCGGCCCCGCGUGCACGCCCGCCGACGGCGACCACGCGUCCACCGAUCGCGAGGGCACCGAGUGGUCCGACCUCGGCGAGGCCACCCCGCAGGGGUCCAGGGCGCCCCGCCGCAGGUUCGGGGCGGCGCCCGGCCGCGCCGCGGUGGGCUGCACGGCGGCGCUGGUGGCGCUGGCGGUCGUGGCCGCGUGGCACCGGCCUCUUCGGCAGCGGAGGAGGGGGGCGGGCAUCGGUCACGUGAUCAGCGCGGGCUCUCGGACAAGUGCCACCUACUCCGUAGAAUGGUACCAGCUGGGGUGCGGCGCCUACGACUACAGCGACCCGACGCCAGCACCGGCGAGCGGUUACAGCGGGUAUUAUGCUGGCUCGCUGAGCUCCGACGGGGGCCUCUAUGCCACGAGCGGGUGGGCUUACGACGCAAACGGGAACCCGUCGUCGUACGUCCGCGUGUACCAGAACAGUGAGGAGACCGGUUGGACGCAGGCGGGGGCCGACAUCCCCUGCGGGUCCAAUGCAGAUUUCUCCGCGUUUUCGUACUGGUACUCGGUGUGUGGUGACGGGAGCACAAUCGCCGUCGCUACAUACGGUACAACCGCAAGCGGGGGGGCCUCCACGGGGUACGUCCGCGUGUACCGGUAUUAUGAGAACGCCUGGAACCAGGUGGGGGACGACAUCGACUGCGGAGCCGCGAGCGGGAUUUAUCUUUCACUGAGCACCGACGGAAGCACGUGUGCCAUCGGUGCAUAUGCGAACGACGGAACUGGCUCCAAGGGGUACGUCCGCGUGUACCACCUGGACCAGCCUGGGCUCCUCUCCUGGAACCAACAUGCCACUUGGACCCAAAAGGGGUCCGACGUCGAGUGCAACGCCGUGAGCGGCUACAGCUGGUUUUAUGUCUCGAUGUGCGGCAACGGGGACGCGUUCGCCAUCGAAACGUAUUCCGGCGGAAGCGGGUACGUCCAGGUGUACCAGUAUGAGGACGAGACUUGGACCCAGAAGGGGGCCGACAUCGAGUGCGAGGCAAGGGACGGGUUCAGCGGGAGUGCGGUCACGCUGAGUGCCGACGGGAGCACGUGUGCCAUCGGCGCGUACGGUAAGAGCGCAUCCGCGGAGUACAUCAGUGUGUACCGGUAUGCUGAGACGAGCUCUUGGACCAAGCUUGGGUCCGACAUCGACGGCGAGGCUUCGGCAAACUACAGCAGGUUUUCGUUCUCGCUGAGUGAAGACGGGAGCACGGUCCGCGUGUACCAGUACGGGUCGUCGUCACCUGCCCCAGCGACGACCUCGACGAAAGAAAAAAAUGAGACAGCUCAUCCGUCACCUGCUCCAGCUCCUCGGCCUCACAGAACGACGACGGCGGACUGUGAUGCCGACUGCGCCAUCGGCGGGGAGACCUACUCGUGCAAGGUGAGGCUGGCGUGGCUGAUGAAGAACGGCCCAGGCAGCGACGAGAACCAUUACUCGAAGCAUUCGGGCCCGCCUGGAGGAGAAAUCUCCUGCAGCAACUACCUUCUGAAAGUGAAGCACGAGUGCCCGAGCUGCGAAAACUGCACAGACUCGGUCGCCUGCCCGUGAGGCUUGCGGGCGUAUCCGCCUGUUUUCCGCGCCUCCAUCCUCCUCGUCGUUCUUUUGGGUCUCCUGCUGAAGCCUGUCUUCUUGACGCACACUGAAGUCCUCUGGUGUGCUGCGCCUAUACGCGUACUAUUUGAAUUCGCUGCUGCUGGCUAAUGCCAGCAUUUGGGCCCAUCUUGGAGCCAUGUUGAUCCUUGGGGCCAUUAUAGGGCUCUCUGGGCUGUCUUUGGAGCCUCGUAGAGGCCGCCUAGAAACAUCCUGGGAGGAGAGGGAGAAGGGAGGGAAAAAAGGAUGCGUUAGAAUUCCUGUGCCUGGAGACAAGAGGGCUGGUAGGAUACACUACUUAAUUGGAUCCGCCCUCUUCGAACCAACGGCUUCGUCGAUUGGACGUGGACCCUCUGCAGUUCAGUUUUUUCUGAAGCGUUUGGCCCUGCGUCCACGCACGCCUGGACCCUAGCGUGUCAAAGUGCCCACGCUGCUAA